AUGUAUCUUUUGUUCGAAGAAACCAGAGAUGCUCAGGAUCGUGAGUAUAAGGAUCUUGCUAUUGUCCACUAUCGAUGGGUGAAGAAAGUCAAUGAUGAAAAAGAAGUUGACAAUGAAGAGCCAAAGAGCGAAUCCAAAUUGCUGGAGGGGCCCGCGAAACAGAGAGCAAGAUUGGCUCAAGAAUGGCGAGAAGAGGAGGCAAGAAGGACACUACACUUGUCAAAUCUUUGCUUUAACGUGUCAGAAAAUGAUAUAGCAAAGUUCUUUGAUGGAGUUGGUCACAUACGUGACAUUCGGAUGACUAUGCGCAAAGAUGGAAUAUUCAAAAGCUAUGCCUUUGUUGAAUUUGACUCGGCUGAAUCAGCUCAGGAUGCAAUGAAGCUGCACCAUAAGCCGAUGCUGAAUCGUCCAGUUCAUCUUGCCCGUGCCUAUCCGAGAGGUCCUAGCGCUGGUGUUCAUUACUGA